AUGGCGUCUUCCAACGAGAAUUAUCCACCAGGGCCAUACGAGGCGGACAAACACAUAACACCUCCACCAAGGCCAAUUUCCCCGUCAACCGCAGAAUACCAACUCAACCAUAUGAUGAUACGUAUCAAGGAUCCAGAGAAGAGCAUGAAGUUCUACUGUGACUGUUUGGGCAUGCAUGUCAUCUUCAUUUUCAACGCCGGGCCGUUCACGAUCUACUAUCUCGGACCACGAGACGUUGGUAUGGCUAAUCUUCGAACGUCAAAGGGCUUACUGGAAUUAUAUCAUAUUCCCGCAGACUCGUCUACGCCUUAUUCUUCUGGCAAUGACUACCCUGGUCCUGGAAUUGGGCUUGGUCACCUUGGGUUUACAGUUCCUGAUGUCGCUGAAGCAGUGGAAAGGGUUAAGAGCCAUGGGUUCGAGGUCAUCAAACCGUUGUAUGAGGCGAAGGAAGAACAGAUGGGUAUACCGGCAGAUGCUGUUGCCGGAAAGCAUGGAAAAGUGCCAGAUGGGUACAAGCAUCUCUUUAAACAAUUGGCUUUUGUGAAGGAUCCCGAUGGCUACUGGGUUGAAUUCAUACCACCAGCUUUCAGGGCCGAGUAG